UCCGAACUCAAGCCAUCAGCUGCAUGCAAACCAGCUUUCACUGAAGAAAUAGCCGCUGCAACAUCUGAAGUCUAAAGAGUUCAGGUCUGCUUCAGUGAGAGAGAUCAAAGCUUUAGCUUAAUCUUCUUUGUCAACCAUGGUUGUUCCGGUGAUCGACUUCUCCAAGCUCGAUGGCGCCGCCGCCGAGAGGGCGGAGACGAUGGCGCAGAUCGCCAACGGCUGCGAGGAGUGGGGUUUCUUCCAGCUUGUGAACCAUGGCAUCCCGCUGGAGCUUCUUGAGCGCGUGAAGAAGGUGUGCUCCGAGUGCUACCGCAUCCGGGAGGCCGGGUUCAAGGCGUCGGAGCCGGUGCGCACGCUGGAGGCGCUGGUGGAGGCCGAGCAGCGCGGCGAGGCGGUGGCGCCGGUGGACGACAUGGACUGGGAGGACAUCUUCUACAUCCACGACGGCAGCCAGUGGCCGUCGAACCCGCCGGAGUUCAAGGAGACCAUGCGCGAGUACCGCGCCGAGCUGAGGAAGCUCGCCGGGCGCGUCAUGGAGGCCAUGGACGAGAACCUCGGCCUUGAGAAGGGCGCCAUCCAGCGCGCCUUCUCCGGCGACGGCCGCCACGAGCCCUUCUUCGGCACCAAGGUCAGCCACUAUCCGCCGUGCCCGCGCCCGGACCUCGUCACGGGCCUCCGCGCGCACACGGACGCCGGCGGCGUCAUCCUGCUGUACCAGGACGACCAGGUCGGCGGCCUGGAGGUGCUCAAGGACGGCCAGUGGACGGACGUGCAGCCGCUCGCCGGCGCCAUCGUCGUCAACACCGGCGACCAGAUCGAGGUGCUCAGCAACGGCCGCUACCGCAGCGCGUGGCACCGCGUCCUCCCCAUGCGCGACGCCAACCGCCGCUCCAUCGCAUCCUUCUACAACCCGGCCAACGAGGCCACCAUCUCGCCGGCGGCGGUGGCCGGCGGCGAGGCCUACCCCAAGUACGUCUUCGGCGACUACAUGGACGUGUACGCCAAGCAGAAAUUCCAGGCCAAGGAGCCCAGAUUCGAGGCCGUCAAGGCGCCAAAGUCAUCUCCGGCGGCUUAAACCUUUGCCAGAGUAUCUAGUAGUUGUUAAGGUGAUUAAACCUCAAUUACUGGUUAUUAUUUGUCGAGUAUAGUUGAUGGCCUUUGAAAUACUACCUCCGUUCUUGAUUACCUGACGUUUCAGACAGCUAAAAUGACUUUUAAUUAGCUAUGUUGAGCUGUCGGAAACGUCAUAUAAUACCGAACCGGAGGGAGUAAUUUCUAUUUGGGCUCCUAUUUUGAGUUUUUUUUUUCAUUGUGGCACAGUGAUUGUGUUAUAAUGGUGUUGUGAGAAUAACAACUUUGUAAUCCUCUUGUUCCUCGUGUUCGAAACAUGUAGGUGCAUAAUUAUGCAUUUUAAUUUGGUUCUUUUA